AGUUCGUAGCCGAAGCGGCCGAGGAGCAGACGACCGGCAUCCGCGUAGGAAGCGACUUCGGGGUACUUCAGCUUGACCUGACCAACGAUGUAGCUGGUGAAAAUGGCAACACAACCAAGUCCGACUGUGAGAAGAACACCAGGGACCAUUCCGAGGGUGGCGUACGCCUGGGGCAGAGAAAGCGCACCGAGGGCAAUGGCUUCGACGAUGGUGACGACCGCAAGGCGUUUCCAGCCCAGACGAUGGAAGUGAGCAUCACCAUCUUUGGCAAUCUGCUUUGCGCGCUGGGAGUCCCAGACCUCGCCCUCGGCGAAGACUUGGUUAUCAGCCAUGUCGGAGCCUUCGUAGCCCUUCUCGUGCUUUGCGGCUGCAGUGUUGAUGUGGUCAGACAUGGUGGAUGUCGAAGGUGUAGAGGACUGCGGGUCUUGACAGUCCAAGUAUCAGGUCCUGAGGUUAGCCGGUAGCGAGGCUAGGAACCAAAAGACAGCAGACAGAAGAGCGAAAUAAAGGGCCUGUUCUCCUCCGCAUGAUCACAGGUGCCCCACGGUACAUAUAGAAUCGUGCAUGUUCCCCGCAACCCUACCGGAGUAAUGGCAUUGACAUAACAGAUUCCGUUAUCUUUGCGCGUGGAGACGAGCGCACAGGUCGGCACUCCGGACGCACGUUUAGAGUCUGAGCGUUUCAUAGUCGGCCUCACUGCCUGCUCACGAUGAUUUCG